AUGGUCAGUUUUGAAAGAGAGACUGAAAUGCUGAUAGAGCAACUUGUGACAGGACCUCGGGAAUCAGAUUUGAUCUCAAUUUUUGGAAUGCCAGGACUAGGCAAAACAACUUUGGCUAAGAAAUUGUAUAAUCAUGAAGCCAUUUACAAUCGCUUCAAUAUUCGCUUGUGGUGUUGCUCUUCCCAAACUUAUGAUAAGAGAGCUCUCCUGUUUCAAUUAUUGGGUCACAUUUCUGAGCUUGAUGAUAGUACCAAAAAUAUGAGUAAUGAUGAACUAGCUGAGAAGCUAUACAAACAUCUGAAGAGAAAGAGGUACCUUGUUGUUGUGGAUAACGUGUGGAGUUCUGAGGCAUGGGAUGAUAUAAAGAGGCCUUUUCCAGAUGAUGAUAAGGGAAGUAGGAUUAUUUUGACAACCAGACUUGAAUCGAUUGCCACAUAUGCCAUGAUCUCAUCGAGUCCUCAUCACCUUUGUUUGUUCACAGAAGAAGAAAGUUGGAUGCUACUGAAGGAGAAGGUAUUCAGAGAAGGUGAUUGUCCCCAAGAACUCGAGGGGAUAGAGGACCAGAAAGUUCCAGUCAAAAAACUGAUAAGACUAUGGAUCGCGGAAAAUUUUGUUGAAGCCAGUACUACAUCGAAGAGCUUAGAGUUGGUUGCGAUGGAUUAUUUCAUGGAUUUAAUUAGCAGGAACCUAGUAAUGGUAGCAAAAACAAAUUCCUUAGGGGAGGUCAAAGCCGUACAUAUUCAUGAUUUAAUACACGAAUUCAGCCUGAUGAAAGCUAAAAGUGGAAACUUUUUGCUGAGGAUACAUAAUCAGUUUGUGAUUAUAUUUCCAUCUUCCCAAGGGAGGUCUGGACAUCUGAAUAUCGUAGAACCAACUUGUGCAGUUAGUUCUGGUCAAAAUAUCACCACAUUACGAUUCAGUUCCAGUGUAAAUUCUCCUUUGGUUGAUUUAGAUUUUACUAGAUCCUGGAAGCACCUGAGAGUAUUAGAUUUGAGUUCCGUAAACCUGCGUAAGACACUUGUAUAUGCAUUACAAUAUCUGAUUCAUUUGAAGUAUUUGGAGCUGCAACAACUCAAAUCUCUCAAGGUUGGUGUCUCUGAGCUUGUGCCAGCGUUAGAUCCUUAUGGUUUUGAGGACUUUACAUACCCAUCAAACCUCAAGAAAUUAACUUUGGUAAAUCUUAAGCUCUCCUGGAUUAAAAUUUCAACCAUUGGCAGAUUGUCCAACCUUGAAGUUCUGAAAUUAGAGCAACAUGCUUUCAAAGGGAGACAAUGGGACGUUAAGGACGGGGACUUUCCUAACCUUAAAGUCUUGAAGCUAAUGGAUCUAGGAUUCUCAGAAUGGACUGCAUCUGAUGACUCAUAUCCCAACCUACAACAAGUACUGAUGCAAAGUUGUUGGAACCUAAAGGAAAUUCCUGAAAGUUUCGGGAGCAAGUGUACAAUGCAACUGAUUGAGGUAAGAUCAUGUCCCUCAAUUGAAAGUUCUGCCCUGAAAAUUAAGGAAAUGCAAAUUGAGGAGAUGGGAAAUUCGGAAUUCAAGGUCAAUAUUUGGAAGUGGAAAUCACAAAUCUUCAGCGAAAAAGUUGUUUAG